AUGGCGAUAGCGAAACCAAUUCGCGUGCUGGCCAUCCUCACCAUGGGCUUGUUCGUCUUCCUGCUUUAUCAGAUUUCACAGAAUCCCAAAGUUGUAAAGGCACCCAAGGGAAGCGAGCCGAUAACAGAGUUGAUAAGAGAUCCAAAUCUUGAUCCGACUGGCGAGCCUCCCGAGCCCCUCCACCGAGUCCAAGGCGACAACUAUGCGCCUGAUAACGCCAGCUCCGAUCGCAUCAAUGCAACCCUGCUCUCUCUCGUCCGUAACUCCGAACUGGAUCAGUUAAAAGGGAGCAUGAUUGAGCUUGAGCGGACAUGGAACCACAAGUUCAAUUACCCCUGGACUUUCUUCAACGACGAGCCUUUCACCGAAGAGUUCAAGAGGGAGACUCGCAAACUCACAAAGGCGGAAUGCCGGUAUGAAGUCAUUCCAAAAGAGCACUGGGCGGUGCCGUCUUGGAUCUCGGAACAACUCAUGGAGGAAAGCGGCAAGAUCUUGGAGGAGCAAGAUGUCGGAUACGCAAGGAUGAAGUCCUACCAUCAAAUGUGUCGCUGGAACUCGGGCAUGUUCUACCACCACCCUGCGAUGGCAGACAUGCAAUACUACUGGAGAGUGGAGCCAAACGUCAAUUUCUACUGUGAUGUGGAUUAUGAUGUUUUCAGAUGGAUGCGCGAUCACAACAAGACGUAUGGCUUCACGAUCAACAUCUACGACUCCCCACAGUCGAUACCUACCCUCUGGCCGGAGACGAUGAAGUUUCUCGCCAGUCACCCGGACGCGCUGGCGGAGGGCAACGCAAUGGGAUGGCUUUCCGACAGUAAACGUCGGCCGGAGCACAACAAGAUUGCCAAUGGAUACUCGACCUGCCACUUCUGGUCGAAUUUCGAAAUCGCAGAUCUGUCACUCUGGCGUUCCCCAACUUACGAGGCAUACUUUGAGCAUCUCGACCGUGCCGGCGGUUUCUUCUAUGAAAGAUGGGGAGAUGCGCCCGUCCACAGUAUCGCGGUGGGACUGUUCGAGCAAGCGAAGAAUGUGCAUUGGUUUAAGGAUAUCGGAUAUCGACAUAUUCCAUUCUUCAACUGUCCGAACAGCCCUAAAUGCAAGGGAUGCCAGGCAGGGAAGUUCUUUGACGGCGCAGACUUUUUGAAGAAGGAAGAUUGCAGAGCCAGCUGGUUCAGUAAUGUCGGCAAAGGAGUCUGGGAGUGA